AUGAUUCGAAGAAACACUCGUCUGCGCCGCGAAUAUCUCUACAAAAAAUCGCUCGAGUCUAAGGACCGCACGAUCUACGAUCGCAAACAGCAGAUCAAGGAGGCGAUUGAACAGGGAAAACCUAUUCCUACUGAAUUGCGCAAUGUUGGAGACGAUUUGAAGAAGGAUCUUCCCUUUGACCAAGCACAGACAGAGCCUUCGACGCAUGAGGAUGAUGAGUAUGCUCGUGCUGGUGUAUUCGAUCCCAAAGUCCUUAUCACGACAUCCAGAGACCCUAGCAGCAGACUUCAGCAAUUCUCAAAAGAAAUGCGUCUUGUAUUCCCCAACUCUCAACGCAUUAACCGUGGUGGGCAUGUUAUGAAGGAAAUUGUUGAUGCUUGUAGAAGUAAUGAAGUGACAGAUUUGAUUAUCUUACAUGAGCAUCGUGGUCAGCCUGAUGGAAUGGUUGUUUGCCAUUUUCCUUAUGGCCCCACCGCCUAUUUCUCAUUGCACAAUGUUGUCCUUCGCCAUGAUAUCAAAGACCAAGGCACAGUCUCUGAAGCAUUCCCUCACUUAAUAUUCAACAACUUCAACUCAAAAUUGGGACAGCGUGCUACAAACAUCUUGAAAUACUUGUUCCCUGUGCCUAGAGAAGACACAAAACGUGUGAUGACAUUUGCAAACGAGAAUGAUUAUAUUUCUUUUAGACAUCAUGUGUAUGUAAAAACAGGAAAAGAUGUUGAAUUGGCAGAAGUUGGUCCUCGAUUUGAGAUGAGAUUGUAUGAGAUCCGCUUGGGAACUGUCGAAUUAACCAACGCAGAUGUAGAAUGGCACCUGGCAUCUUUCACUAGAACAGCAGCAAAGAGAAUCGAACUUUAA